AUGGCGAUACGAGACCGCUUCAGCCGCAUGCUGCGCAAGUCCAUCUCCUCAUCCUCGUCUACAGACUGCAGCGAAGACAGCCACCAACGUGAUAUCGCCACUACCGCCACCACCGCCACCAACACCAUCGACGCCCCUACCCCAAUCGCGACUCCUCUCUCCAAGGCCACAUCACGCCUGGCCAAGAUGAAGUCCUGGCGCUCGAGCGGCGGCUCCUCCUCGACAUCCUGCUACUCUCACCAGAAAAGCGAUGGCAUUAGCUCCUACAACUGGUCCUGCUCUGCCACCACCACCACCAUCACCACCCCCUCCUUACCGUCACCACAACCUCCGACCCGCAAGCCGAACAAGUCCAGCCUCAAGCAGGCCCGGCUCCACCCCAGUGAGCGACCCCUCACAGAGCAGAAUCUGCGGCACCAGGAGAUGCUUGGGGCGUUCACUAUGAAGUUUGGGCGGACCCGGGGCCUUAGCUCUGGGAACUCGAGGGCUGACAGUUUGGACCUGGGAGGAGGAGGCGUGGCGCCGGAUGAGGUGAUUUAGGAGGAGAGCUCAUGCUGGUGUGGUUCUGAUGACGACGAUGAUGAUAAUGAUGACCGUCAUGGUGGGUUUAUGGGGCGUUCCUGGGAUUGCACGACAGGGGCAUCAUUUCUCUGCCACUCUGCCGGCUGUUUUUGUUGGCGUUUCUGUGUAUGCAUUCCUUCUUAGCAGUGGGUGUAAUCUGGGCUACAAUAGAAAGAAAGAAAGAGAGAAGAGAGAAGAGACAAUCAAAAGACAAACAUGUCAGGU